AUGGAGCCGCCCAAAGCAAUUGUUUCAGAGACACCAGAAAAGAAACUAUAUGAUACGGUAACAACGGGAGAUGUAGCAACUUUUCAAACACUUGUGCCACAAGAUCCAUUUCUUGUUGAUCAAGUUUCAUUCUCCCGUUCGAGAAAUCUCCUACACAUAGCAACAAUGGCGGGACAACUGGGCAUCGUGGAAGAGUUGCUGAGUAUAAACUCAGAGCUAGCUCAAGAUGUCGACUCCAACAAGUCAUCAUCUCUUCACAUUGCAGCUGAACAAGGAACGUUGAGAUUGUCAAUAAAUUGGAGAGACUGCAUCGCGGUCAGACUGUGUUGCACUUGUGCGCAAAACAUGGUGCAACGUCUUGUACUAGUGACGGAUGAUGAUGGAGAGACACUCUACGAUUUGGCUGUUAGAUGCGAUCAAAUUGAAAUGAGGGAAUAUUUGAUUGAAAACGGCACAAUCCAGCCAUCAAUUGAUUUCAUGGGGGCCAAAGAGAUAAGCGGCAUGACCAUGGUAGUGGUGGGCCUGAUAGCCGCGAUGGCAUUCAUGGAAGAGUUAUUGAGGCUUAAUUACUCGGAUCUAGCUCGAGACAUCGACUCCCAAAAAUCGGCACCCCUUCACAUUGCAGCUGCAAAAGGGCACGUUGAGAUUGCCCGAAAAUUGUCGUUUGUAGCCCCUGAGAUUUGCUGGUGGGUCGAUGAUCAAGGCAUGAACCCGGUUCACAUUGCUUCCAUGAGAGGGCACGUCGAGAUCUUGGAGGUUCUGCUUCAGCAUGACUUGUCUCCUGCGAUGGAGAGACUGCAUCGCGGUCAGACUGUGUUGCACUUGAGACUUUGUGAUACGAGUAGUGCCCCGAUAACACAGACAGACACUUCUGUGAGGCAGGAUAACAGUGACAACGUCUUGGCGAGGUCAGAAGAGAAUGUUGCGGGAAUGCGAAGGAAGAAGGGAAAAAAGGGUCAGGCCCAAGUGGAACCGAGGGAAGAUGGAAGACCAAAGCGGCAACGGAAGAAGCCGGUGAUGUUUGGAGACUUUGUGUCUCGUUAG